GGCAGUUGGACUCCGCCGCCACCGCCGCUGGGGACGAGGAUGCUGACCGCGGCGGGCUCUAGCGUGGGGCGCGGGCCGGUGGGCCGGGCGCUCCGCAGCUUCUCCCAGGCCGCCACCUUCGCGAUCAAGCCCUGCGACCUCUACCGACUGGAGCAGGGCCCUCCGUCCUCGGUCGAGCUGAGCCGCGAGGACGCGCUGCGCUACUACCGCAGCAUGCAGACGGUGCGCCGCAUGGAGCUCAAGGCCGACCAGCUGUACAAGCAGAAGUUCAUCCGCGGCUUCUGCCACCUGUGCGACGGGCAGGAGGCCUGCUGCGUGGGGCUGGAGGCGGGCAUCGCGCCGGAGGAUCACGUCAUCACGUCGUACCGGGCGCACGGCGUGGGCUUCGCGCGCGGCCUGUCGGUGCGCGCCAUCCUGGCCGAGCUCACCGGGCGCCGCGGCGGCUGCGCGCAGGGCAAGGGUGGCUCCAUGCACAUGUACGCGCCGCGCUUCUACGGCGGCAACGGCAUCGUGGGCGCGCAGGUGCCGCUGGGCGCGGGCGUCGCGCUGGCCUGCAAGUACCUGGGCAGCGGCGCCGUGUGCCUGACGCUCUACGGUGAUGGCGCGGCCAACCAGGGCCAGAUCGCCGAGGCCUACAACAUGGCGGCGCUGUGGAAGCUGCCCUGCGUGUUCGUGUGCGAGAACAACCGCUACGGCAUGGGCACGUCGGCGGAGCGCGCGGCCGCCACCACCGAGUACUACACGCGGGCGCACUUCCUGCCCGGGCUGCGCGUGGACGGCAUGGACGUGCUGUGCGUGCGCGAGGCCACGCGCUUCGCCGCCCAGCACUGCCGCUCCGGGCGGGGCCCGCUGCUGCUGGAGCUGCAGACCUACCGCUACCACGGCCACAGCAUGAGUGACCCGGGCGUGAGCUACCGCUCCCGCGAGGAGGUGAAGGCCAUGCGCAGCAAGAGCGACCCCAUCAUGCUUCUGCAGGAGAGGAUGGUGAGCAGCGAGCUGAGCAGCGUGGAGGAGCUGAAGGAGAUCAAUGCCGAAGUGAAGAAGGAAGUGGAGGAGGCGGCCCAGUUUGCCACGUCGGAUGCGGAACCGUCUCUGGAUGUGUUAGGCCACCACAUCUACAGCAGCACUCCUCCGUUUGAAGUGCGCGGUGCGAAUCAGUGGAUCAAGUUUAAGUCCAUCAGUUAAACACAUAUGCAAAUGUGUUGUAAAUCUUGAGUAGGAGUCUACAGUCAGCUUUCGGAAACGUUAAGGGAAUACAAAGAGCAACCUUGUAAGAUUGUAUUGAAAUAGAUUAAUAAGUUAUUAAAAUUUAUCCAAAGGUGUACACUCAG